GACCUGCUGGGCAAAGACAUCCUGGAGUUCUGCCACCCCGAAGACCAGAGCCACCUGAGGGAGAGCUUCCAGCAGGUGGUGAAGUUGAAGGGUCAGGUUCUGUCCGUCAUGUACCGCUUCCGCAUGAAGAACCGCGACUGGAUGCUGAUCCGAACCAGCAGCUUCACCUUCCAGAACCCGUACUCUGACGAGAUCGAGUACAUCAUCUGCACCAACACCAACGUC